AUGGCUCCAACCCGCGUCGGCAUAAUCGGCCUCUCAGCCAAAGCCCCCUCAUAUGCCCCCGGCACCUGGGCCUCAGCAUCCUUCCUCCCUUCCAUUCAAAACUCCCCCAAGUACACCAUCGUGGCCCUCUGCAACACCUCAACUGAGGCCGCUCGCCGCUCCAUUCAGUUCCACAAUCUUCCAGAAACCACCAAAGCCUACGGUGACCCUCAGGACCUGGCCAACGACCCCGAUGUCGACCUCGUCAUCGUCAGCGUCGUCGUAACCCACCACCUCAAACUUGCUCUUCCUGCUUUGCAGAAGAAGAAGGAAGUCUUUGUAGAGUGGCCCCUGGGCCAUUCCGCUGCGGAAGCAGAGCAGAUGGUAGAGCUGGCCAAGACGAAUGGACUGAGAACUAUUGUUGGCCUGCAGGCUCGUGCUGAUCCUUCCAUGAUCAAGUUGAGGGAGAUCAUCAACAGCGGAGAGAUUGGAGAGGUCAAGAAUACCACCGUCGUUGGCACACUUCCCGCCCUUCCUCCGCAAUUUUGGAUCGAGGGGAUGGAGCAGUUCCUCGACAUCAAAGGCGGAGCGGGCGCUUUCCACAUAGUCUUUGGACACUACUCCUUCACUCACAUCCUCGGCCCCUUCGACACCUCCAGCAUCAGCUCGAUGCUCAAGACAGACAACGACCACAUGCCAAUCUACAUCCCAGACCGAACCGCAAUCGCCAUCCCCUCGCACCCCAAGACCGCCCCGGACCACAUCCUCGUCCAGGGCAGCCUCCAGAGCGGCGCCCUGGCCACCGUCCAUUUCCGCACGACGCAGGCCUCCAUCGACGACGUCGGCAUCCGCUGGAUCAUCUCCGGCUCCAAGGGCGAGGUCGAAAUCACCUCGCCCUCGAGCAGCUGGCAGGGCUAUUUCCCGAACCGAAAGAUUAAGGUCAAGGUCUUUGGCGGGGAGACGCGGGACGUGGAUUUUGCUGCGGAUCUUGGGGCUGCGGCCGAGGUUGGACAGCGGGCUGUGAACACGGCUUUGGUCCUGGAUGCGUUUGCCAAGGGGAAGAAGGAAUUGUACGCUGACUUUGAGGCGGGCUUGCGCAACCAUAAGCUGCUGGAUGUGAUUCUGAAGAAGUCGAGCUUGGAGGUUUAG